CAACAUAGAUUUGACUUUGCAUUGCUGCUUUACGACAAUCGAGGAGGGCAGAUAAAGCGAUAAUUUCUUUUAUUUCUCUCUUGUGAAUUGGUCACGGUGGGGGAGAACUGGUCUCACAUAACAACUUGUGCCAAAUUAUAGUGCAACAUAAUAUCUGGAAGGAACCAAUGCGACAGAAUCUUUGAUCAGAUUUUUGUUUAACUUUUGCAGAUAAAGCACCUUUAACUUUGAAGAUAAGACACAGAAACAAAUACCUUAAGAGACAAUAAAGAUGCCUGACGAAAAAUCUCAACGAGGAACUGUGGACGACAGCUCUCAGAAAAGUCCCCGGAUGAAGUCACCACGACGUGAUAACAAAAUUUACCGCACUCCCCCCACCCCACCUCCACCAGUGUUGUUGGAAAAGGAGAAGACUUUUGUGUUAGACUGUACGGCAGUUAGUUCUAUUUCUAAUGAUUAUUCUAAAGCUAACCCCAAACUGGGACCAGUUAUUCCCCCUUACAAUUCACAGCGUGAUGGUCACGUAAAACCAUAUUUUCAAUUUUACGGAGUUGACAAAACCCUUAAAAAGACUGGACAGGUGAAUGGCGGAUGUUCCAUUGACGGGAAGGUGAUGGAUUCGUUUCACGAGCGUGGAGCAGGGUUCCAGUACAUCUCGCUGAGAAACCAGUUCGGAGCAGGCCAUUCUGCAGAGCUGCGUGAUGGGCAUGCGCAGUUCAUGCAAGGCGUGAAGCCCGUGACUGGAUACAAUGGGAAAUACGGAUACAGACGAAAUGUGCCCUGGCUUCGACAAUUUCCGUCACCAUUCGGAACAGGUUCUCGGUCACCGACACACUGAACGUCUGUCGAAUUGUGAUUGGCUGUUUGAGAAAUCUUCCAGUAUUACGUCAAUAUUGUUUAUUUAUGUACAAGUGACUUUAAGACAACCGUUUAUUGCGUCAGUUGCAUUAAAACACAACACCGACAGUACGUUAGACAAUGCGAUAUGCAGCAUGGGGAAGGAUUACUACGUUGAGCUUCCACCAAAAGGAGGUUGGGAGGAGAAAAUAAAAAGUCUUAUUUUUUU